CAGUGACAACGAUCAUCAAUCGGCAGUCUGAUCCGCAACAACUUAUGCCGACGUGGAAUUAUAAGGAACAAAUCAAAAUAUUCUAAUAUUUCCUCUUUUGAUCUUUAAAUGUUUUGUUUAUGAAGAGUGUAUGAAAGAGUCGCUGAUUUUUUUUUUUUAAUAAAUCCUUAUAAAUACUUCUGGUUUCUCUAUCUCCUUCAUUCCAUUAACGAUCAAAGAUCAAAAGUUUAAAGCAAAACUGCAAAAAAAUAAAAGUGUUUUUCCAAAAAAUAUUUGCAAAAAGUUAUAAAAUUUGUUUUUUUUCUUCUGAUCGCUGAAAUGAAAUCUGGGUAUUCCUGGAUUUGAUCAUUCUUUUAUUAAUAAAAUGAUUUUCUUCUUCUCCAAGCUAUUCAACGGCAAAGCGCAAGUAGCAGAGUGGGAGAAAGAGAGAUAGCAAAAUCAUUUUCAUACAUACAUACAUACGUGUAUUUACAUAUCUUAGUAGAUUUAUCACCACACAAUCAGAUUCGGACCAAAAGAGAGAUGUCUGCGAGUUUUAUGGCGAUCACGAAGUCGUCGGAGACAGAGUUCACGCGUUGCGAAUGUUGCGGUAUGGCGGAAGAAUACACGGCGGCGUAUGUAGAGAGCGUACGCAAUCUCUACGCCGGGAAACUGAUCUGCGGGCUCUGUUCCGAGGCGGCGAGUUACGAGAGUUUCCGGAGACAGAUCGGCGUGGAUGAGGCCGUAGCGAUUCACACGAGGGUUUGCGGCGAGUUUUUGUCUUCUCCGUCUCCGGCUGUCGAUUUCAUAUCGGCGAUCGGGGAGAUGUUCAGGAGAAGAUUGGUUCUGGGUUUGCCGAGGGUCGUGACUUCAGCUUUGCCUCCGCCGAGGAGUGUUCCGGCUGUGGACGGUGGCGUGAUUUGUGCUGCGGCGGUGAUUGGUGGGGCAGGGAGUUGCUUGCCUGCUUUGUCCGGUGGAGUGUAGAUUCGAAUAUUCCGCGAGGAAUUAAACUGAGAAGGAAGCGUGUGUGUGAAGGAAGACUAGGAAUAACAUAUAUUAUUAAAAAUUACAGAAAAGAGGUUAAAAAGAAAAAGAAAAAAAUCGGGAAGUAAAAAUAUGAUGUAAAUAUAAUUGAAAAUUAGGAUGUCGUUUUGUUGUAAUAUACUGUAAUUGUUUAUGUGGCAGUGUCAAUUGUUGAUAUGAGUGCUUAAAUAAUGGAAGUUUUAGUGUGGUAACAAGACUGGUUGUUGGAAUU